UAUAAAUUAUUAAAAGGUGGACAAUAUGACUUCGAAGGAUAAUAUUUCUGCUUUAUACGCGGAAUUAAAUAAAUUAGGGCAAAAUGGAGAAUAUGAAAGAGCAUUGAAAACUGCUAAUAGAAUUCUAGGCAUUACGCAAGAUGAGGAAGCUGCAUUUCAUUGUAAAGUCAUCUGUUAUAUUCAAUUAUCUAAGUUUAGUGAAGGAUUGCAAUUGAUAACAAAAAAUCAAAAAUUGGCGAUAAAUCUUGACUUUGAGAAAGCUUAUUGUCUCUAUCGUUUAAAUCAGGUAGCAGAAGCUUUGAAGGUAGUCGAGGGUAUACAAAAUCCUUCUUUAAAAGUAAAAGAAUUGAAAGCACAAAUAUUAUAUCGACUUGAAAAAUACGAGGAAUGUUUCACCAUUUACAGAGACAUUAUAAAAAAUUCAGACGAUGAAUAUGCAGACGAGAGAGAAACUAAUCUAGCUGCAGUUCUUGUGAAUUUGACAAUUGAAAAUUCAUCUAUGGAACUUCCAUCAUUGCAAGAGGAUACUUAUGAGUUAACAUAUAAUGCAGCUUGUCAAUUGAUUGCGCUUGGAAAUUUAAAUGAUAAGAGUAUGUUGGUAGAAGCAGAAAAGAAACUGAAAGCAGCAGAAAAAAUGUGUAAGGAAGGUUUAGAAGAGGAUGGAGCCACAGAGGAAGAAAUAGAAAAUGAACUUGGGAUUAUAAGAGUACAACUAGGAUGUUGCUUGCAACUCCUAGGACGUGAGAAAGAAGCUCAAACUUUAUACACAGCUGCUUUGAAAUCAAAACCAAAUGACAUUGCGUUAGUCGCCGUAGCAAGCAAUAAUCUCGUUUGUUUGAACAAAGAUCAAAACGUGUUUGAUAGUAAGAAAAGAAUGAAAAGUGCCACGCACGAAAGUUUGGAGCAUAAGUUGACUUCAAGGCAAAGAAGAACUAUAGCAUACAAUCAAUGUUUAUUAGCCUUAUAUACCGAUCAGGGAGAACAAUGUCAACAAUUGUGUAAUAAACUUGCAAAAGAUCAUCCAGCUUUGGCAGCAGAUGCAAUGUUUGUAAAAGCUAUUCAACUUAGCAAGGAUGGUAAAUCUCAAGAUGCAGCUAAGUUAUUAUUGGAGUAUGCAACUGCUGAAAAGGAAUUGCAAAUGAAACUAGUUGCAGUUCAACUUCUUUUGAGUCAUACCGAAAGAAAAGAGGCCAUUAACAUACUCGAGAAUUUGUCAGAAUCUGAUAGAUCGUUGCCUGGCGUAGUUAGUGCGCUCGUUACUCUUCAUAUGGCAGACAAUAAUAGGGACAGAGCGUCAGCUGCAUUGAAAAAUGCAGUAAAUUAUUAUAAAAAACAUAAGGCAACCACAACAAAUUUAGGCGAUUUAUGGCGACAAGCUGCUGACUUUUAUCUACGUGGUGGAGAAAUUCAGGUUGCUGCAGAUAUAUUGCAGGAAUUAGUAGACUCGUCUCCAUCCGAUACGAAAACUCUGGCACAAUUAGUAGUAGCCUAUGUACAAUUUUGUCCUGCGAAAGCUCACCUUUUGUACAAAAGGUUACCACCGCUACACGAUCUCGCAGAAACGAUAAAUGUCGACGCAUUAGAAAGUAGCAAUUGGGUUAUUGGUACAAAAGUUGUCCGAAAGAAAGUAGAACCUUCUCCUGGUAAACCAAUUGUGGACCAGACAUUAAAGAAACGUAAAACUCGCAAGCGUAAAGGAAAAUUACCGAAGAAUUACGAUCCAAAUGUUCCUCCCGAUCCUGAGAGAUGGUUACCAAGGCACGAACGUAGUAAUUUCAGAAAGAAGCGAGAUAGAAGAAAUCGAGAUGUAGCAAUGAAGGGUACGCAAGGUGUGGCAACUGGUGCAAGUGAUCUAUAUGAUAUUACAAAAAUGCCUGUCAAUACUAAGCCUUCCCCUAAUCCUCGACAUAAUACUACCGUGGAAGUAUCUGGACCACGUCAACAACAACGUAAAGUUCAGCAAAAGAAAAAAAAGAAAGGUGGCAAAUGGUAA